AUGGUGAAGCAUCAACCUCGUAGCACCUUGGUUCUAAGUCUCUGGUGGUUCUUUGGUGUGUUAGCAAUAGUAGUGAUGGGUCAAAGAAACAGUAGUGGUGCAACAACACUUCCAACAAGAGUAGUGAAAGUGGGAGCGGUGCUUGAUGUUGGUGGAGCAAUGGUUGGAAAGAUUGGUUUGAACAGCAUCAGAAUGUGUAUCCAUGAUUUCUAUGUGUCUCAUCCACAUUACAAAACUAGGCUCCAACUCAUUCUAAGGGACUCCCAAAGAGACAUUGUUACUGCUGCUGCUCAAGCUGUGGAUCUUAUAAAGAAUGAGCAAGUGGUAGCUGUGAUAGGACCAAUCACAACAAUGGAAGCCAUGUUUGUGAUCAACCUCGGAGAUAAAGCGCACGUGCCCAUUCUCACGUUCUCAGAAAUGAGCCCUUCUCUCUCAUCACUCCACACCCCAUACUUGUUCCAAAUUGCACAGAAAGAUUAUUAUUUAACUCAAGUCGUGGCCAUAAGCGCCAUUGUUCAAGCUUUUGGGUGGAAACAAGUGGUUCCAAUAUACGUGGACAACGGCUAUGGCGAAGGACUCAUUGCAUCCCUAACCAAUUCAUUUCAGAAAGCAUACAUUCGUGUUCCUUAUCUCAGCGCCAUUGAUUUCUCAGCCACAAAUGAUGCCAUUGAGAGAGAGCUCUACAAGCUCAUGACUAUGCAAACUAGAGUCUUUGUUGUUCACAUGACAUCCCGUCUUGCCUCUCGUCUCUUCGCCAUUGCCAAAGACAUUGGAAUGAUGGAUGAAGGUUAUGUUUGGAUUGUGACUGCUGGAAUUGCUAAUCUUUUUAACUCAUUGGACUCUUCGGUUAUGGAAUCCAUGGAAGGUGUGUUGGGUGUUAGGCCUUAUAUCCCAAGAACAAAACAGCUUCUUGAUUUUAGAGCUCGAUGGAAAAGAGAGUUCUUAAGAGACAAUCCAACACUUGUUGAUGUUAAUUUGGAUGUUUUUGGAAUAUGGGCCUAUGAUGCUACUGCUGCAUUAGCCAUGGCAGUUGAGAAGCUUGACAACACUGUUUUCGGCUUCACUAAUGUGAGCAACAACUCCAGCAACGUGACUGAUCUUGAAAACUUCGGCGUUUCGCGAAACGGCGAGAAGCUGAGGGAAGCUUUAUCAAAUGUUAGAUUCAAAGGUGUUGGUGGUGAGUUCAAAGUAGUGGGUGGUGGGAAGUUAGAAGCAUCACCAUUUGAGAUAGUUAAUGUGAUUGGUAAUAGUGAAAGGAACAUUGGAUUUUGGACACCACAGAAGGGACUAAUCAGAGACAUGGAUGCAGAUAAUUCAACUUCUAAGGAGAAUCUAAGAACAAUUCUAUGGCCAGGGGACUCUUACUCUGUUCCAAAGGGAUGGGAAAUUCCCACAAAUGGUAACAAGUUAAAGAUAGGAGUCCCAGUGAAAGAUAAUGGCUUCUCUGAAUUUGUGAAAGUAAUCCAUGAUCCUAUUACCAAUUCUACAAAGGUCACCGGGUUCUGCAUUGAUGUGUUUAAUGCUGUGGUAGAAGCGUUGCCUUAUGCCCUUCCAUUUGAAUUCAUUCCAUUUGAAAAUUCCAACAACGAGAUGGCAGGAACAUAUGAUGAUUUGAUCACCCAAGUUUAUUAUGAAAAGUUUGAUGCUGUGGUGGGGGACACAACAAUUACGGGAAACAGGUCCAAGUAUGUCGAUUUCACAUUGCCGUACACAGAAUCUGGUGUGACUAUGGUUGUUCCAGUAAGAGACAAUAGAAAGAAGAAUGCAUGGGCCUUCUUGAAGCCAUUGACAUGGGACCUUUGGGUAACAAUAUUUUUUACCUUUGUUUUCAUAGGAUUUGUUGUUUGGGUACUUGAACACCGAAUCAAUGAAUGUUUUAGAGGGCCUACGCCUUAUCAAAUUGGCACUAGCUUGUGGUUUUCCUUCUCAACCAUGGUAUUUUCUCAUCAAGAGAGAGUGGAGAGCAAUUAUGGAAGAUUUGUGGUGAUAGUAUGGGUUUUUGUAGUUCAAAUUCUGGUUCAAAGCUACACUGCAAGUCUUACCUCUCUCUUAACAGUUGAACGACUACGACCAGCAUUUACAGAUGUUCAUCAACUCUUAAAGAAUCGGUUGAAUGUUGGUUAUUUGGAAGGUUCUUUUGUUCAUGAAAUCUUGAAGGAUUUGGGGUUCCAUGAAAACCAGCUUAAGAUAUAUAAAUCUGCAGAAGAAUGCAAUGAUCUCUUCACAAAAGGAAGUGCUAAUGGUGGUAUCGAUGCGGCUUUUGACGAAGUCCCUUACGUGAUGCACCUUCUUGGAACUUAUUGCUCCAAGUAUGCCAUGGUUGAGCCAAGAUUUAAAACUGGUGGCUUUGGCUUUGUGUUUCCAAAAGGGUCACCUCUAGUGGGAGACAUAUCACGUGCAAUCUUGGAUGUGAGUGAAGGAGGUAAAAUGAGAAGAAUUGAGAAUGCAUGGUUGAAUGGAAGCAGUUGUCAAGAUUCAAAUAACAAUGCAGCACAAGUAUCUUCUUCUACAAGCCUAGGACUAGAAAGCUUCUGGGGUCUGUUCUUGGUUGUAGGUAUUUGUUGCUUAUUAGCCCUCGUUAUCUUUUUAGCCACAUUCAUAUAUCAGCAUAGACAUAUUUUGUUAAACCAUAAUCUCCCUGAUGAUAGUAGUUCUAUAAGAACACGCAUUGGAAAGUUGCUAAAUACCUUCCAUGAGAGAGAUCUAAGCUCCCACACUUUCAAGAAAAGUGAUUCAGGCGUAACAACAAGUGUGUCUUCUUGCCCUCCAAUUAGUCCAUCUAGUUACACAGACUCAGGCUUUUCGGCCACUCCAAAUACUCAACACAAACCUACACAAGAACCUCCUGUCAUUACAACAAAAGGGAUACAACCUCUUAUUAAGCCACAUAGAUCCCUCUAG